AUGGCUUCGCUUCGCUCUUUGGCUCGUCCUUUUCUCCUUUGCCGCGUGGUCUUGGGUACGUCGGCUCUAUUUUGGCAUGACGAUUGGACAGGCUUGGGACCUCUACUCGACAUUGCAGGCCCUAAUGGACCUCGUGUCACCGGAAUCUCAAGCUUAGCCUCAGUCUCAAGCGCUUGUCACAAUGGGGCUUGGCUUCUUUCUAGAGGUCGCCAUCCUAUUCUUCAACUUCUGCGGGCUUGUGUCCCUGCAAACACUCCUCCGUCACUCUCCUCGUUGCCUGACAUUUACCUUUGGAGAAAUGGCCCCUCUCGGACUCCAGGAAAAUUCUCCUCCUCUCAAACUUGGACCUCGCUUCAUCCACCAGCUCCUUCUGUUCCUUGGUACAAGUUAAUUUGGCAAAAAGAUAGGAUCCCAAAACAUGCGUUCAUCUCCUGGAUCUUGAUGCGAGACAGAUUAUCAACCAGAGAUAGACUGAUUUCUUGGGGUCUUGAUGUACCAAACCGCUGUCUACUUUGCGACACCUCUCCGGAAUCUAAAAGCCACCUGUUUUUCACUUGUCCAUUCUCUGCUGAAGUAUGGAACUCUUUACAUUCUCAUCCGGAUCUGAUCUCUUCAACUGUCUUCGAAGAUAUUAUAUCUUGGCUCCACUCACCCACCUUAAAUGGUAAGCUCAAAACCAUUUGCUUACUCUCCUUCCAAGCAGCAAUCUAUUUCUUGUGGAGAGAAAGAAACUCUCGUCUUCACACCCAAAUUACGAAACCUUCCCACUUGUUGGUUAAAGAAAUUCAUCUAACGCUCAGAGCAAAAUUGUUUGGGAUUGAUCGCUCACUCACCGUCAGAUCUCUUCCAGUGGAUCAAUCUGGCUCCUAUCUACAAACAUGGUUUAGCUUCUUCCAGUUUUAG